UGUAAAUAUUUACCAAAAGUUUGGUACUUAAAAAAUACCGCAAAAGUUUGCCUUGUAAAAUAAAUCAGUUGCGUUUCGAAUCAAUUGCCAGCUAAUGAAUGAAACUGAACAUUAACUCUGGAUCCAAGGGCAGUGAAAGAUGCACCAACAGCUGGUCAAUUUCCAGAAAUCGUCAUAAAGCAAGUAAACAGAAGUCAUCUGUUCUAAUCCAUUUCGAUUCCCAAUCUGCAUUCCUGUACCCACCGCUUCCAAAAUGAUGUUGUACCUGCGACGCUUUUUUAGCCAGGAGCUGGCCCCGACCACGUCGAAUGAUUUUUUCGGUUGCCUGCAACAGACACCGCAUCUGUUAUCCUCGAAUACUUUUGCAGGAGCACCCGCACUGGAGAGUCUCUCGUGGUUACACAAUCUGGCGCCAUGCUUCCCCCUAAGCGGCGAUCAGAUUCAGAUUAUUCAAGAGCCGCAGAAUUUUUACGAAACGCUGGUUCAGCGCAUAACCCGGGCCAAGCGACGCAUUGUUUUGGCCAGCUUAUAUCUGGGCACAGGACAGCUGGAAAAUGCCUUUGUCCAAACGUUGCGUCACCGUCUACAAAGUGAAUCCAAACUGAGGCUGAAUGUUCUACUGGACUUUACGCGUGGAACACGUGGUGCCCUCAAUUCAAAGACUAUGCUAGUUCCACUGGUCAGAGAUUUCGCUGACCAAGUGCAGUUUUCCCUCUACCAUACACCCGACUUAAGGGGAAUCACCAAGCGCCUGAUUCCGCCCAGAUGGAACGAACUGUUGGGACUGCAGCACAUGAAAGUCUAUCUAAUGGACGACACCGUGAUCAUAUCGGGAGCCAAUUUGUCAAAUGAUUAUUUUACCAAUCGCCAGGAUCGUUAUAUCUUGAUUGAGGACAAAGCUCUGGCAGAUUUCUAUGCCCAGUUGAUAGAACGAGUGCAGGAGUUCAGUCUGGCUGUGGGUCCAGAUGCCACUGAGGGUCUGCAUCGUAAUUGGGCUAUCUUACCCUAUGAGGGCACCAAGGACCAGUUUAUCCGUCUAGCUAAGAAGCGCAUAACCGACCUAGUCCAAGAGACAUUUAAGCGUCAGGCACAGCUUAAGGAUAAGCUAACCCAGGCGGAUACUUGGGUAUUUCCUUUGGUGGAAAUGGGACAAAUUGGCAUCCAUCAUGAUAGCGUAGUGACAAAGCGACUUUUAUCGAACUGUAUAGAUGGUUCAAGACUCAAACUGGCCACUGGAUACUUUAAUCUUACACAGGAAUAUAUGGACACCAUUACUCACAAAUGCCUAGCACAGUGCAGCAUUCUGAUGGCCCAUCCCAAUGCCAACGGCUUCCAAGGAGCCAAAGGACCCGCUGGCGGAAUACCAGCCGCCUACACCCUCAUCGCAAAGAGUUUCUACGAGAGUCUCGUGCGUGGCCGACAAAAUCAUCGUGUUAACUUUUUCGAAUAUGAAAAACCCGGUUGGACCUAUCAUGCGAAGGGAUUGUGGUACUACCUCCCACAAACCACAUUACCAAAUCUCACUCUAAUCGGCUCUUCGAAUUUUGGUGAGCGCUCCGUAAACCGGGAUCUGGAGACACAAGUGUGCCUGGUGACAUCCAACAAGGAUCUCAGCCAACGUCUACAGGCGGAGGCUGAUCGUCUGUACGACUUCUCGCAGACAGCAGAGCAUCAAAUUGUUCAGCGUCCAGUUCCCCGUUGGGUUCAGGCAGUUGUCCGCAUAUUUAGGAAUUUUUUUUAGCCAAUUUGAAGAACAUUGUAGUUCAAUCCUAGUUUUCUUUUUUUUAAUUGUUUUUGUAGCUAAUUGUUAGCCGUUUGUUUAAGAGUGUGCCUGUUUUUUGAAUGUACUUUGUUAAAAUUUGAAAAUAAUAAAUUUUUAAUGGUAUCAACUAA